UUGCGUCUGACCCAGGCCCAGCUGGCUGUACCUAGCGGGCAAAAGCUUGUUGCCCGUUUCUCGUCUUUUUUCAAGCAGAGCUGUGUCUACUCUACUAGUACUACUUAAUUGAUCUACUACUUAGCUUAGAGGGUGAAAAUCGAUAAAUGCCGUCUUGCGCGGGAUCAUUGUUGCUCACUGCUGCAGCAGCAGCAGUGCCUGCUGUCGUGGGUGCGGGUCCUAUGGAACUGUCAGGAUCGAAAGCGUCAAAGUUGAAAUGAUUUGCCAUGCAUAAAUUGGAUGCCAGUUGGAGCCCAGUGCUCAAGUGGCGCAUGACAAAUCUCGGCGGUGCCUACAUCCAGUUUGUAAUGGUGUUUGGGUAUGGAAGACGCUUACUUUAGCAGCUCUAUUUCUACCCCUCAACAGGCUUACAAUCUGCUUCCCUUGCGUACUCUGCAAGGCAGGCACUUUGUGGGUUGCAUUUUAUGCAUCGCAAACUAUGUCAACUUUGACGAUUUUGAUCCUGACGCUUCCAUAGAUCCUAGCGGGCGAAUAAAUGCGGUCGGGAGCAGCACGGGUGGAGGUGCGGCCGCCUUCAUGGGACACCGAAAAGGAGGUGGACCCAAGCUGCUCAAGUACUUAUUUUAAUUCGUAGUUUAUUUGCCAACAAACAGAAUCAUGAGAUGAACUAUUUCCACUUCAGCAUACCCAAGAACAACAGCUUCAGAUAGUAAAAAAACGAACUGCAGGAGAUGAAGAGUGGAUACAACUCAACUACGAACAUUCUAGAAACUGUUCUCAGGUUUCCGCUCCGCAAGCAGCAGUCGGCCAAUGACAAGCUUUGGCGGGAAAAGUUGAUCAAGGAGAUCCAAAAUCCCUCCGCAAAAACAGAAAAAUCUUCGCUGCAAGACACGGCCGACAUUACGAUUCACGACUUUGGUAACGCGCAGUACUUCGGCGCCGUCGCUUAUCGCAAGAAAAAACUGUUUCACUGUGAACUUGUCAGGCAGAAAAUGGAACACAGAGCUACUUGUUUUGCUACACCUGCAUAGAACAUUGGAGUUUCAACCGUGGUUUCCCCUAUGGGAAAUGCGCGCAUGACAGAUUUUCAGUGUCAUGUGUAACAAUAACAAACUUGUCAUGUUGCAGAUCUUGCAAGAAAAUCAUCACAGUGAAACAGUUUUUUCCUGUGAUAUCGCUGUGGGCAGCCCACCGACCGAAUUCCAAGUCAUCUACGAUACCGGGUCUAUGAAAGCCUCAGAAUGGAAAUCCUCAAAGUGGAAAUAAUUUGCGAUGCAUGAAAUCCCAGGCAAAGAGACUGCAUUGCAGAGGACACAAUGGAGGCCGACUAUUGUCCUGCUAGGGGUGAAGAAUAGGGCUGCUGAUUAGCACGACAGAAGGACACCCCUUUGCCUAAGUAGCAUGACAGACACGCUUUGAGUGCCCGGGAAAUUUCUCAUGCGCCGACUACAAAUGGCGCUUCAACUGGAGUCGUUUUUUUGCAUCACAAGCUAUUUCCACUUUGAGGAUUUCUAACCUGCGGCUUUCAUAGGGUCAAGCAACCUGUGGGUCCCCAGUUCGGAAUGCACGGCCUUCGCGUGUUAUCCAAGAGAAAAAGUUGUGGUGUGAUGUGAGUGUAGUUGUAACUUUGAUGGAGCAGGAACAGCAUCACAAAUUUGCUCUGCGUCACAAAAAAAACCUGUCAUGCGUAGCUAGGAUGUUAAAACUAACAAUAAGAUACGAGCUUCUGAUGCAUGACCAGCAUGACAAGUGUAAAAACUGGAUUGUACUAUCGUCUGCAAGAACAGCAGAAAGUUACACUCACACAGUUUUUUUGUUGCAUUCGCGUCAGGCAAAAUCCUUGUUCAACGAAGCGAAAUCGGAAAGCUACGUGAAAAACGGCACGAGUAUCCUCAGAAAAUUUUCCGUAACCUGCUGUUUCGGCAUGACAAAACUUGCCUUCAAUCUUAGUUAGCAUGACACGUAGUUUGUUGACACUCCAAGCUAGGGAGAUUUAUUUUUGUCAUGCAUUUUGUGCAUGUGCGGGAAAUUCAAAUUUGUGUUUCAUAACGAAGUUCCACAUCCAGUACGGCUCCGGACCAGUAUUGCAAGGAAAAAUCCCCCCUUCCCAUAUUGAAAACAUGUCCUUCCGAAAAUUUGUGAUGCAGAUUUGUGACCAGGACCACAAAUCCUGUCUUGCCAGAAGGCAAAUCAAAAGACUCCGCCGCGAUCUGUAGGCGGUUUGUAAUGCUGCAAGGCCUACAGGGCAGACGUCUACCAUGCUAGGCCCCUACACCAAAAGCCCCCCCCCGUUAGGCUUCCGAUCUCCUGCGUGCAGUGCUUUCCUGCAAGACCAAUGCGAUUUGUGUACACAAAUCCCUCAUAACAGAUCGCCGUUUUGAUAGGGGGAGGGGGGAUUUUUCAUUUUGAUAGCCAGUAGAUGGAUUUCUGGGCCAGGACACGUUGCACUUGGGCAACAGUGGGAACGUGAAGCUGGAAAAGUAUGUUUUUGCGGAAAUCACGGAUGUGUCAGGUAUUACUAUUAGACUUGUGUGGUUGAAGAGCAGAUACUCUGCCUCGGUGCAGCAGCGCCAGCAGUGAGUCGUGCACAAGAAGUUCCGCGGAGGACGAAGAUGUUCUUCUCACUCGAAGUGUUGAGAGUCCUCAGAGUUGCUGAGAGUGAGUUGCUGAGAGUGCUACAAAAUAUAGCGCUCGAACCCCACGCGCUUUACGACUGGGGCAAGAUCUGUGACGCUGGUUCCGCUCUCACCAGCAGCGGUCUGCCUGUCCCAAGGACAUUACGGUGAUUCGUCCAGAUCUUCACCGCGAUUGCCUACCCAGUCUACAGCGACCACCCCAGCAGCGUUCUCGUCGAACAUCUCUCAGCAGCAGUUUUUCCGCAACCUCUGCCUCAUCUGCACGGCGACAAGACAAGCUCCGACCACCUCCCGACCGCAGAUGCGGUUUCAACAUGGCGCAGUCCGACUUUCUAGAACAAAAGUUAGCCAAAAGUUGGCCAAAGGUUGGCCAUAGCAUCGCCCUUUGCCGAAAAGCAAAAAUCAGCGUUUUUUGCUUUCCUUCUUUGGCUAACGUUUUUGGGGAUUUUUUUUUUUGCCCUCUGGCUAACUUUUGGCUAACUUUUGGCUAACUUUCUCUUCUAGAAAAAUUCUGGAAAGGGUGGCCCCUCUUAAAGCAACCAAGAGCGCCACAACACCGCCCAGUUAGGCAGAUUGGCCAAGCCCCGUGGCGCCCUGCUCGGCGACAGGUGUUACAAGCGGCCACCGCCGUUAAUGCAACAGCAACCCACCGGAAAGCUGGCCCAAAGUAGGCCGGAAGGUGGCCAGAGACCCCAGGAACAGCUAUGUGAGUCAGCUUUGGCAAUCCAGCCCAAGGAGUUCCGCGGAGGACGAAGAUGUUGUCACUCAAAUUUUCCAAAAAAAUAUUUCAGGUCUCGGCAUGGCCUACGCCGCUGGAAAGUUCGACGGGAUCCUCGGCCUGUAUUACAAUGAAAAAUGCUCCCACCCCAUAGGAAAAAGGAAAUUUCUGAUGUUGGUGGAUUUCUGUACACAAAUCACCGUUGUAUUGCCGAAGGCGCUCCUUGGAGGCACAUCCUAAGCCUGAUUUUUGGGUAUGCAACAGGCUAGCAGUUAGGCAUGGCAGACACUUUUGCAGUACGCAAAAGCGCAUCACAGAUUGGCUGUGGAAUGCGCCAAACGGCUUCCAUUUGCCCCAUAUGCAAGACAGAGCUGGUCAGUGGUCACAAAUCAGCAUCACAAAUUUCCUUCUCGAUAUGGGGAGAGGGGAUUUCGAUUUUUCCUCACAAUAGCCUGGGCUGGAGCACUAUUUCCGUCGACGGGAUCCCCACGGUCGUCCAGUCGCUCAUUGUAUCAAAUGCAAAAAUGUCUGAGUCUGGAAACUUGUGAUGCUGGUUGAGAAAGACGAGGACGCCUCAAUUGACUGGCAAGCGUGACAAGUUUUGGAGGUGCGAUAGUCUUGGCUUUUCUGCAUGACAAAGUGAGCUUCUGCUUGACAGAAAAGUAGGGCCGCUUUUGGGUAAUGUGCAUGACAGACCUGAGGGUGAUGUCAGACAAGCCUGACAAGCUUCCACUCUUCCAGACCCAGACAUUUUUGCACUUGAUACAUUGAUCAGAAACUCAUCGACCAGCCGGCUUUUUCGUUUUUCCUCGGAACCGAGUCCGGCGCGGACGGAGAGCUCGUUAUUGGCGGUGCCGAUCCGAAGCACUACACGGGGGAUAUGACGUACGUGCCCGUGACGCGAGAAGGUUACUGGCAGGUUUUGAUGACAAGCAUGUCUGUUGGGGGAGAUGUGAUCGCGAAAAACCAGGCUGCGAUUAUCGACAGUGGGACUUCCGUAUGAAAUGCAAAAGCAUCGUACUAGUAUAUAUCGCAUGACAAAUUUCCUUAGCAUGAGAAAUGAAAUUUGCAUAUGCAGAUUUUCCUUCAGAAAAAGAUUUGUAAGCGCAUGUUUGAAAUUACCACAAGUGCGAUACUUUUGCACAGGAUAUUCCGUGCUUGCUGGGCCGACGGACGUGGUACAGCAGGGCUUUUUUUAAGUUGUUGUGUGAUCAUUCGUAUUGUUUCUACUGCUCCGGCACGAGGAGCAGCAGCGGCUGCGGCACUUGAACUUGAUGAGGUAUAAUUGCAUCAUGACAACAAGAUAGAAUAUUGAAAGAAAAAACUGUGUUAGUGUAGGUGUUUCAAAAAUCACUAUUUUUUUUGAUAUGCAAAACUCAAAAAUUCUCAAGCUCCGGCGCAAUCCCCGACCUGGUAUGUGUUGAUGUUUAUAUGGUGAAUUUAUAUAGUCAAAACUAGCUACGGUUGCUUCGGUAUAUGUGAAUAGUUAAGGAGGCAGGACUCAUCGGUGGCGACGGCUGACUGAAGGUCGUGGAGCUUGAUUUCUGGCGCAGAAGCAUUCUGGCCCCACCUCGUAACAGCACGGGACUCUGGCCGAAGGUCUCGAUCAGGUCGGUUGCGCCUCCGUCUUGCGUCUUCGGUUGUGCUCUUGGGCAAGGCAUUGCAGGGCCUGUUUUGAUCGGGUUUAGAGCUGAGACAGCAGAAAUUUACAUGCGACGACUCGUUUUCAAAUACUCGAAGGCUUUUCUCAAUGCUAGAGGGACAGACUCUUGACAGGACUCCCUUUUCCCUAAACUACCCCACCUAGAACAGCGCCAAAACCCACUAAAUACACCGCUUUCUCGCGCUGGCCGCGGCUGCAGUCGUCUGUCAGCAGCCUGUUUAGCGAGAACCUCAAAGAAAACGGACUCAGCUUGCAGCCCCUUCGGCCACCCUGCCUCGGCAAAAGAUCGCUGCCAAUGGGCUCAAGUCCACGAGGCACUGAAGAGUGGUCGGCAAAAAAGCUGACGAGCUUACUGGACCCCGAUUUCAAGAUCAUCAGCGCCCCUGAAUACCUCGCAGACCUGGUCAUAGCUGACAAAGCCCACGGCGACGUGAGCGACGGCUCACAGGGGAGCUCAUCGAGCGGCGGGGCUGCGGCGCCCACGGUCCUGCGACUGCAGGUCAAGGGCUCAAAAAGUGCCGUCGAGGACUGGCUGCGCAAUGUAAAGUGCCAGGUUCUGAAAAAGCGCGUCGAGUACGCCGGCAGCGUAGUCGUUGGCAUAACGACCCACCGCCGCCUGGUGCUCUUUGUCCCGGUUUUCAAGUACUAUGACUGGGAAAAAGUGGACUUUCGGGCAAAGCAUUGGUGGUGCGCACCAAAUGCGCUAGCGCAGCGCCUACGUGGCCAAUGGCCUGCCUUCGGUGUGCACCUUGCCGGCGCCUUGGGGCACUUGAACGCCUCAUCGCGCAACCAGCGCGUGGAGCAGUGUAUGAGGCAACAAAUGGCGCAGGGCGUAAGCCUGGCAGGUGGCGCCUAUGACCUGAACAGCACUGGCUUUACCGUGGUGGGCGGCUGCUUACAUUUUGAGGGCCUGAAGCUACGCUGCCAAGAGCGAGCGGCCAAAUUCAAGAAGAACCAUCACGGGCAAGUGACGGGAAUUCGUGCAAGCACGCAAAGGUAGCUCGCUUUUUUCUAGGGUGCGCGACAUUUUCAAUUGAAAAAGAGAGCCUUUACUUUCGUAAGCAACAGUGCGUGUCUUCGCUGCGGGCUCAACCAAUGGCGCCGCUGUGUCUCAGCUCUCUAUUGACCAAAACAGACCACCACAAAUACCUUUUUCAACCAGGAAAAACGGCGAAGGAUUCGAUGCCAGUGUCCUCGAUGUCCUCCUCCUUCACGCACGGAAAUCGGCGGGCCCGGAGCAAACCCACGCCGGGUCGUUCUUCUUGCCGGUCCGGUCGCUGGUGGAGCAUGGCUACGCACCAAACCCGGCGGAUCCGUCGUAUUAUGGCCAUCAUUAGACACUGUUUCUUGCAUCUCGGGCGCAAAUACUUGCGCCGAGUGCGAUUCAAGGUGCUGCAUGCUUCAAGCCCCUAUGUGGAAGUGCUUUUUUUUGUUCAAGAUUAUCCGCUGUGAGCUGAUGGAAUGAAGAGUGGACAUUACCGCAGUGCAUAGAUAACAUAUCGAGGCCGAGUGCUGCAAAUACAUGAAAAAACUAACGGCAAUGCAGGUCGCCAUGGGUUGGAACGAUCGCUCUUUAUCCGGAAGUCCUGGACUUCGUGCCUGCGGCCUGUCCGGAUUGGACGGAUGAAUUCUAUCUGAGCGCAGCAGACAUGUGUGAUCCCAUCAAGCUCUUGCGGAUGUUGAAGAAGGUCGAGGAAGUUAACGACGUAGCGUCGGCAAUUUAGUCUAUGGGACCUGAAGCAACCACACCUUCCGGCGGGCCUCUGCAGCAAAUGCAGGAAGGAUCGGGGUUGGAAAUCUUGCGCAGGUUUCGAAUGGUUUUCCACAGGGCCGGGAGGUGAGGACCAGGGAGAUUGAGUAUCAAAGAAGACACGGACGACGGGACACAUAUCAGCAGCAGCACCCCGGGCCCACCCUUUUUUCCAGUUGCAAUAACGGGCGGGACCACAGAGCGAGGUUCUUCGGGCCGUUUUUGAAAUACGCCUCCUUCACAGCUUUUCACGACAAAAAACCAGCUCAAGCAAGACAACUUCCCAGAAGCAUGCGCCCCAUGCUUUUCUAGCAAAGCUCUUCCUUCCAAAAUGCAGACGUCGACUUCUCACAACCCCUCGGAAUAAAUGCAGUGCGUUUUGCUGUGGUGUGAAUUCUUACCGGAAGACGAGCUAAGAUACAAACCUCUAGGGAAUCAAGGCGCUACCUUCCACGCCUGCUUCCACACUGUGGCUGGCGCACAAUGGCAGUACGAAAUCAAAGGAGAAUCUCGAAUAAAAGGACAGCAUGAGCGGAAAUGCCAACGGCUGCAAGAACAGCUCGCAGACAUGGCUUGCUGUGUAGGAAGAAGAUACUGUUUCUGAAACCGGUGUAAAAGUGCGUCUACGUCCAGCAGUAAGUCUAUUUAUCAGCGUUUUUAUAGCGGUAUCUUGGCAGAACGAACCAAAAAGGGUCGGUAGUUUCCAUGUUUGUAUAAGAUCAAAACUGGCAAUGUCUGGCUCUGAAUAUAUAUCGGAGCCUCUACGAAGUACGAAAACAAUCUCAGCCAUCCCAUCAAGUCGUCACCAGCCUCAGCCACAACCUGCUCGCCCUCCUGCAAGUUCUCGGCCAUUUCCAGGACGGCGCCGAGCUUGGUCCCCAUCUCCCGCUCAACAAUGUCAAGGUCGAGACACAGCAAGCACGACUGCUGGUGCUUCUCCAAUGCGCCGGCUUUGAACACCGAGGCAAUCACCUGGCGGUCGUCGUUCCGGGCCCCGAUGAAGGUGCUCAUCUGUGGCUUCCUCAUGUUCUCAAAAACCGUUCCCGGUGGCCAGACACGCCGUAGCAUGGACCCGCUACCGCCGGUUCUGCGGAUACUUCGGCGAACAAAACAAACAUCUUGCUCGCAGGCCGGACACGUCAGAGCAAGUUGACUUUUGUUCCGCACCCUCCCCAACUCCCGUCUCCCCGCACGCUCCGCUCCGUCCUGCCCGGCGCCGCCCUGCCCAGCAGCAUUCCCGGCAUCACCUCUGCGUCGCCUCCGAGCCGGCUCGUCAUCGAUCGCGCCCAAUUCGAGCACGUUGGAGGUGAGCUUGCUCCUGAUUAUUUCAGCCGCGCUGUCCAGCUCGAUGUUGUCGUCUGCCAUCGCCUGGAAGAUUUCGCGCAAGUCGGCAGCACAGUAUGAAGAUGAAGAAGCAGAGCACAGCCACGGGUCGGCAAAAAACCACAAGAGCAGCAGCACUUCUGACCACUGCCCUUCCGGCCGCUUUGUAACCUUGCCGCGGUGGCGCUCAUCGUUCACAUUCAUAGCGGCGGGUCCGAAAGAAUUUCAAGGCCGGUGAGCAUCCGGAUUAUUUCUUUCAAGAGGUGGCUGGGGAUGUGUCCGAUCGCCCGGGUCAUCGCCUCCCUGAACAAAAUGAAAUCCGUAUUCAAGAAGUGGACGCACAGCCUCCCAUUGUCGAACUGGAUUCGGUAGUUGGUUUAUCCAAGUGAAGAAAAACGACCGCGGGGUUUGUGAUGCUGGUUGCAACAUGUCUGCACGACAUCACUUCCGGGAAAAUUGCAUCACAAAGUACCAGAAUCGCAAACAUCUGUAGGGUCGGAAGGUUUUUCUACAUAAGACCAUUACAGCAAGAUGGGCAGUGAGACCACACACGGGGGUAAAAUUCGCCGGGUUCAACAUGUACACGUAGGGCUCCUUCGGCGACAGCAGCAGACCGUAGAAAAGUCCCUGCGAGUAUGCAGGUGAAUAGAGCGUCUUGCUGCGCUUUUAUGCGGCGGCAAUGGCCUUGAUUCAGUUGCGCGGCAUCUGCCCAACGAAAUCUGGAAUACUGAAAACCAUUCUGCGUCUCAUCUGUAAAAUGUAGGACUAACCACUCGCAUGACACAUGCAAACAUUACCGGGGCCCCCGGACGUUCCGGAGGUACGGGUUUAGAUUGCCGUGUGCAUGACCUUGCAAGACUUACUAUUCCCAGCAUAGCAAAAUCUGCAACACCAGUAUCCACCGAAACCCGACGGCCUCCUCGUCAACCGCAACACAUAUGAAAGGCGAUCGUCCUGCCACCAAGCCCACCUUCUUGCUUUUGCAGAGACUUGAAGCGAAAUCUGUCAUGCGUAUUUGAUGCAUUCUAAAAAAGGAAGGGCUUGGUGGUGCAUGAAUUCAUUGCAUACCCAGCGGCUUUUUAUCUGCAGCCCAAUGUCUGAAGCGGUAACACGAGUCGACAACGUAUGGAAAGGUGAAACACAGGUUGCGAAGGGCAUUUUGGAACGAGGAGGAACGGCUUUGGUUUUGUGCCACCGCAUUACAAACGUUGCCCGAGCGCAGCCCCAUGUUUCACAGCCUACUCUGUCGCCAACCUCCUGGAGAAUCGGGAUGUCCGCAACCGCCUCCACCUUCGACGCCUCCAUGUAUGGCGCCACCUGGAGGCUGUGGCUGUAGUAGUUGGUCCCUGCAACCUGAAUCUCGGCCGAGAGAGCCUCGUGUCGGACCUCGUCACGAAUUGCCGCCAUGUCUGCAGGAAGCUGGUGGGAGGACCGAAUGUCUUCCACCUGUGCGAAGAUUUGUACUGGCGUCUGCUCGUUUUUCGCGGCGACUUCGGAAACAUGGGCGCGGACCGUCUCCGCGGUAACCUCCUGCUGCGGGUCGUUUAGGAAAGGACGCAGCUUCGACGGCGCAAUGGUAGCAUUCCGGGCGGUGCUGCCCCACAGGCUGGGGAACGGGUUGAAAAGCUUCAUCUUAUUCCUCCACCGAUCCCGUGCCGCCGAAAGAAGGAACCGCCCCUGGAGUUUGCGAAAAAUCCUUUGUGCCAGCGUCACAUAUCUCCAAUGAUUUUCCUGCUCGAAGUCGGACGUACUUCCCGCCACCGGGAUGUUGUCAAGAACGUCCUUCGCCAGCUGCUCGUCCGACCGGAGCAGGUUCUGAAUCCAAUUAGCAAAGACGGGAAGUUUCCGGCGGAAUAAGCCGUCGCGGUUCGUGGGGUCGAGGGCGUCAUACUUGACGAGGUUGUUCCGGAGCCAGGCCUGGCAUUCGUCGGGACGGUGCCCGAGAGUAAACCAAAGAUUGUACGCGGGGUCACGGCUAUCAGGAGGAACAAUUCUCAGAGUUCCAUGUUUGUCAUGCACAACCACACCAAAAGUUGUUUGCAUGCAGAAACACACAACCGAUUUCCCACGGACCUUCGAAUCUACGAUGCUGCGGAGGUAUUCUUGCAUGACAAACAUGGAGCUCUGAGAUUUCUGCACACGAUAGAAGACCAUGUACAUCCAAUGCCGCAUGCUGUAGAUUAUUUGCGUGAACGAGGCCUGCACUUCGUCGAUGUUGUGGAUUUGUCGCGCGGCAUCCCGGGCUGCUUCCAGGCAGAUCGACGGCAAAGCUCGCUCACAGGACUGGAGGAACUGCUGGUGGCUCCCUUCGAGGUCCAAUGACGGGAAGACGUCCUGGUAUUUCUGCUUUAAGGCUUCACGCUUUCGCGGCUCCUGCAGAGCACCCGCCGUCACCUCUAAAUGAAGUUGAUGUAGCUUGUAGUAGCGGCUGGAGAGGUUCCGGGUGUGGUUCACGCGGUCGAUGUCGCAGGCCUCGAUUGCAUGGAUGAGGUCCAUCACCUUCUGCCUAUCCGUCAUCCGUUGGUUUUGUCCCCGCCCCCGGACGUUCGGAGCGCGAUAUGAAAAUGAAAAAAGUGCGCCUGCGAAUGAGUUCAGAAUCUGUCAUGCGAAAUUCAAAUGCGUCAAAUGGUCUUGAAUGCAAAAACAUCUCGAAGCCAUUCGCAGGCGUUCUGUUUUCAUUUUCAUACUGCGUUGUCAUUGUCAGCAGGAUCACCCGGCACCGGAGCAGGAGCAGGCUCAGCGGCGGCAUCUGGCUCUUCGUCGAAGAUAGAGUCGAGCUCUCCGUCCCCGAAAAGUUCCUCAACCGGCAGUAGGGGCACGUCGGGCGGAGCAAGAUCAGCAUUGUUUCCAUCGACAUCCACAUCGUCAACUCCCGGUCGAAAGAGAACUUCCUCCUCUCGCUCUUCGCGGGCCGCCUCAAAAGCCACCUCGGCUUCUUCGAUGGCAGCAAGAUCACCGGCCAAGAGAUUAGUAUCGAACCCAAGCACCGGCCCCUCUUCCACUACUUCCACCUGCCGCGGCGCCAGGUCCCAAUAAUCCACCGGGUCGCCCAUUUCGGUCACGGCGGGAUCACCUUCUUCACCCGGGCCCAGCGAAAGACGCAGCGGACUGUUUCCACUUAACAUCUCGUAGAGAACCAGGGGGAUCGCCUGGCUGGAUUUCAACAGGAGCAACGCGAUUCGCAUCUCCGCGAACCAUCGCGCUUCGACCAUCGAAUCGAGGCGGGCACCUGGUCGGAAGGUAUUGUUGCGUUUUCAUUUUAUGAAGACAAAAGUCCGGAAAGUUGAAGGCGAAAAAGAUAUUUUCGUGAGUGUAAGUGCAAAACCAAUUCUCGAGAUCGCGUUGAAAUCAAGGUGCUUUUUCGACCCCCCCCAACCACCCCCCCAGCGCGAGAAUGAAAUUGCUACACUCGCGAUUUUCUUUUUCCUAAUCCCCACCUAUAAAAAGAAAUAAGAAUCAGUGUAAAUGGCCAUCUUGGGAAAGAGAAUUGAUCGAGUGUAAUGCAAUUUCUGGAGGUCCUUUUGACCCCCCCCCGGAGAAGAUUUUCUCUGCUACACUCGUCAACUUCCCUUUUCCUGGAUGUGACCUACACUCUCACUAUUCUCUUUUCCCUGCCCGAGUUGUUUUUUCAAUUUUGUCGAGCGGGAGCUGGAACUUUCGGCUUUCGAAAAAGCCGAGAGUUCCAGUUCCCGCUCGACAAAAUUGAAAAAGCGAUGAUCUCCCUAGGACAACAUCGCUUUUUUCGCCAAUCCCCAGCGGAAGCCAGGACUUCGGCCUACAGAAAAGGCCACGCAGUUCGACUUCCCGCUGCUGGGAACAGACGAAGGCGGUUCUUCCCUCUAAAGAAAGCAUCCGCCUCAUUCACCCAGCAGCGGGAGCAAGAACCUGGCCUGCAAAAAAGUAACGCGAGAGGCUGCUCAGGGCCGGAGGGGAGAGGGGGAUGAACAUCACAAAAAUGAUUUUCUGCAUGACAAAUUCAAAAAUUAUUAAUAUACAGGUCUGCAGGGCUUCAAGAGUCGACAUCCCGGCUUGCGUUUCGACCGCUUCGGAGCGGAAACCAUGCUUCUCCGCACGCUCCACCAACCGCAAGCGCGCGUCUUCGUACGAACCGCGCAAACUUUGGCGGGACCAUUGCCCGCCGAGCAGGAUCCUGAUCGCCUCUCUUACCCGCGACAAGGCGGCGUAGAGCUUAUUGACGACAUUUGCAAGACGAUGGUGGAGCCCGAUUGUUGGUAUACAAUUUAACACCAUUGCCAGGGCGUGCGAACUUCUCGUCAUACUCUCUUCCUGGUCCCCUGCUAGCACGCAAGUAACUCGCCAGCCGGUCGUGAAUGGUCCUCGGAGUUUGUUUAUCAAUUGAUUGCCGCCGAGAAAAUGCAAAACGUUGAGCGUAUCGGUUGCCAUCGCUUGGGCCGCAGCGCGGGGUCGGGGCCGUCCUCCUCUCCCGAUGACGCCGGAUGGACGCUGAAGCGGCAUGGUCCAAAGCUGGGUCACAAACUCGUAUGUACUCAUCACCAGGAACGUGAGAUAGACCUGCGAGAGUGGAUUUUUGUUUGAAAGGCGAUCCCACGCAUGACAAAUAUACGCGCUUGCAUCAGAAAUCUUGUGUCAUGCAUUACAAAUGUACUGCGUACCUGGAUCCCGUUCUUCGACUCCAGGCCCUUGGUGGAUUUGUCUUGCGCAAUACAGAUUGUUCUGUUCCACUGCAUGUCCUGCAGGUCUUCGUACUCAGCCGGAAACGAGACCGAGGUGCCCCCGAGGAGGUUCCGGAUCCAGAUAACGGCGUCAAUGACUCCGCGCAGGACGUUGUUCCGUUUUUCGGAGUUUCGAAACAUUAUUUGAAAGCACCCUGGCCGAGGACCAAGAGCCCAGGAGGGAACUAUGGGACCAAAGACGAAGACAAUACGAGCAGGCGCAUUCUAAUUGGAAAACUGGAAUCACAGCUACCACCUCACGCAACACAGACUGCUUGAUGUGUGAAAAUCUUUACCAAUUGGUGGCGUUUGCUGAGCUCCUCCUGACAGUAGUGCUUUUCCAAUGCGGAGGCCAACAACAGCCGCCCGCUGUCGUCCGCCAGCUGCGAGUGGUCCACUCUCACGGAAGUGCAAUAACUCUGGACCUGCUGCUCGUACCCGCGUACCUCCAUCCAGUCGAGAAACAAAACCUGAGUUGACAUUUUCGAAACAUGUGCAAAAGCCGGACCUGGUGGCGCCCGCUUUUGCGCCAGAACAUGAUCAGAACUUUCUUGAACAGCCUGAGCAUUACAGAUUUCAUCAUCUAGGGUCAUAGAUACGAGGGUCAGUGUCUAAAGAACCUAAAACGCAGGCAGUUUUAUGCUCGUCAUGAGUACCAUUUCUGUCCCGAAAUCCUCGCGCGUCUCGCCCUUGUCCAAGUCCAAGGCGCCCGGAAGCGGGUACGCAAGGGCCAUGUCGCGCCUCCAAUCCCGCCAGGAUUUCCGUAACAAUAUGCCACCUGAACGUCGUUGCGAUUCCAGUUGUUUUGUGUCUCUUUUUGGAAUUUGUCAUGCGUGAUCGGGGGUGACUAGAAAACAACAUAAAAUCGCAACACAGACAAUUUUCGUACGGGUGCUCUUCUUCCUCGCCCAGUUGCCGCGCUGUGUCUCCGGCAACAUCCUCACCAGGGCGAGGGUGCCGCUCUGGACGUGUUUUAAGCUGGCUAAAACCAUUCUCACAGGUGUUGAACAUGCAAAAGCUCGUAGUUUGUAAUGCAGAAACAAAAGAAUCGAAGAGAAAAUAAAAAACCUCGGUAAAUAUGCAGAAGAAUUAGCGUAAGUCGUAGUCGGUAAAGAUGCGCGUUCAAAAAAUACGGAAGUCAAGAAAUGCAACAGCCUCCCGCUGUGGAUAAUUAUACUGCUGGCGAAGUGUAGUGAAAAGGUCCUGUCUGUCUGCCAGAUUCCAACUCUGAAGGGUUGAUACUAGCACAAGUGUGUCGCUGCGGUUCCAAGGGAAAAAGAAGUGCCCAACUAGAUGAAGUGCGUCAGCUUCAAGGCCUGUCCUGCGAUAGGGCAGAGCAAGUGGAAGAGUAUUUGUAAUGCGGCGGCGCCUCGGGGUGAGUGGAUACAUCCUUGGAAAUCUUGGCCCCCCGAAGCUGAAAAAUAGUACAUCUGCAGAGCCCCAGCCUCCGCCCACGCUUGUCAUCUGCAGCGCGGGGCGGCGUUUCUUGCUAUCUACACGCUGCUGAUCUGGUUUGAUACAAGUUCUCGACAGGAGGUCGCAGUGCCGCAUUGGCCGAAGAGAACUUCUGGCACCCGUGCCAUGCUUGGCGAAAUAGAUCAGGGGACACAAUAGCUCUAGCGCGCGAUAUUAGUCUAUCACCGCCGCCCGCUCUUUUUGGCGUUGCGGGACGGGGUGCGCGCGCAUGCUACGCCAUGCUCCAGCUAUUCCAAAUCGUCAAAAGUAAAAAGCUCGCCUCGUGGGCUUUGAAGUUGUGAAACAGCUCACAACACUUAGCCGGUAUACAACCACUUUGGAUAUGAGUUCUUCUCGAGAACCAGAAGCGCAAUCCAUGCGCUUUUCCUUUCAAAACAUAUUAGGUCAUCGCGAUUUCUAAACAUCUAGGAGAGUUGUCUAGUUCACCAAGUAGAAAUACGAAGCAAAGCCAGCUGCUUGUGAAGUUGGUAGAGCAUCCCGUGGGAGAUCUACGCCUUAAAAUAUCUAGUGAGAUACAAUCUUUCUGCAGUUUCCAUCUAUAGAAGAGAAUUUGUGAUGCAUAUUCUUGCCAAAAACACGUCCCGGACCACCUAUGAUGAGGGCCAACAUCAUAGAAAAACCUUCCUCCGAAUCGCACGACAGGUGGCUGCCAAUUUACUCCGUCCCCUUACCGGUGUUCUUGCCACUGCUGCCGGCGGCAGGGCUACUCUUCGAACCGCUACUCGGCGUAGCCCGCGAAGAGGGAGCGUUGGAAGAAUCGCCAACCGGGGUGGAGCUGGUAUUCUUGCUGCUGCUGGACGGCGGGGUGUCGCCAUUCUUUCCGGCCUUCUUCUUCGCCUUGCUUCCCGAGGCAGGGGGGGUCUGCAGCGCAGAAGAAGACUCUUUUCCGGAGGACUUGUGGGCCGAGCCAAGCUUCUCCUUGGGCGACUUGUUCUUGGCCGGGGUGCUGGGGGUAUCCAGAAUCGAACCAGUCGGCUUCUGCUUGUCUCCAUUCUUCCCACCCGGUGUUUUUUCCUUCGGUUCACCCUUGCCCGCCUUCCCCGCAUCCUUUUUCUUGUUCUUGGCCUCCUGUUCCAGUUCCUCCUGCAACUUGUUGCGGUUAACCACGCGGGAUUUAGGUUUCGGGCGGUCAUCCGUACCCGGAGCGUUAAUCUUCACCUCCGGCUUCUUGUGAUCCGGCGACCCCUUGUCCUUGCCAUUCUUGCCUUUGCUGCUCUUAUCCUCUUUGGCCGGUUUCUUGUCGUUCUUGUUCGAGCGGGAUUCCAACGUCUGCUGCUCCUUCUUCUUUUUGAUUUUCUCCAGCCGCUUUAAUUCGCCCUCCGAAUACUGCUCGGAGCUGCUUUCCUCCGACGCAUCCUCGUCGUCCACAAAGUCCUCGUCGCUGCUGUUCAUCAUGGAAUCCAGCUCGUCGCUCAAGGGGUCACGCUCAUCUUCCGAGCGGAGGGCGUCCAGGUCGUCGGCAUCAGCUUCUUCCUCCGCAUCGGAGUCGGAGAAAACAUCCUUGCUACUCUUGAACAACUGCUUCCGGGUCUUGUCCUUCUUCGACUUCACAUGCAAAGUCAGCUUCUUGCCCGAAGAUUUUUUGGUGCUCUUCUUGCCCGAGACGACGUUCUUUUUCUCGAGGCGGGAAGACGCGGACUGUUUUCCAAUCGGUUCUUUGGAGGACUUGGAAGUAGUCUUCGUUUUGCGGCUGCGGGAGGCAGGGGCCUCGGAUUCAGACGACGACGACUCGGCUAUGCAAGGCAAACUUUUUCACUAGUGCCCCAAUCUGUAAUGCGGAUUUCUUGCCUUUCGUGCUAGGUUUGAUGCCAAUUCCGCAUGACAGAUUGCCACUAGUGACAAAAGUUUGCACUUCAUACCCUUGCGCUGACGCUUCUUCUCCUUGUUCCGGCGGGUACUGCGGGAACGGCGGGUUUUUUUUUCCGAAGACGGGUCGCGGCGCUUGGACUUGCGCGGGGCAUCUUUGAUCGCCAACACGGGCUGGCGGUCCUGGGGAAGAUGUUACUUGUGGAUUUCAGACAAGAUGGCUUUCGAAACCAACGAGAUAGACAGGGCAAGCUCUCGAUGACCGGCAGAUCAGGGACUAUUGCAAAAAUAGGAACACAGCUAGACUAUACCUUGAUAGAUUUGGUCGACUUCUUGUCGUCCUUCUUCCCCCGAUUCUUAUUGCGGCCGCGCUUGCGCAGGUUGUCGUCCUCAUCGGUCGUCUGGUCGUCAGUUCCGGAGCCGAGGGCGGACUGUUUGUCGCUGUCGUCAUCGGAAUCACUGGACGAGUCGGGCUGGAAGGCGCUCUUGACCGCCUUCGUCACGGCGACCUGCGCCUUCUUGAAACCUUUCUGGUUCUCCGUUUUCCAUUUCUGCAGUUCCGCAACUGCCGUUCUUUCGUUGGGGGCCCUUUCCGCACCUUUGGGCGGCUGUGUGAAGUUGUUUUUAGUUGGUUACGACCGGAGAGGAAGAGAUGAUCGGGAUUCGUCUUUAGGGUGCUCAGGUGCAGCAGAAGAUGAAAAAAGAUAUGUAGGCUUGCGCGCAUUACAAAUUAUAGAGAAUACAUGGGAUCCCUUCACGCCCAUGAGUUUGUAAAUCGCCACUGCCUGCGACGCUGAGACAAACACGCGCUCAAUAUCCUGCGUGUCGUAUCCGAAAAGCAAAGCAAUCCACUUCUGGUGGUACUUGAGGUCAAUGUCCAGCCACCCGCUGUUGUGAAAAAUUCUCAGCAUUGGCAUGGUGAAGUAGUUUUUUUCUGUGGGAAGAAGUAGUAGAAGAGUCACAAGCGCAUCGAGGCCAGCUGUUGGGCUAAAAAACUGCGGUCUUUGCUUUCCAUGCCCCUUUAUCUUUAGGACAACCAUACACCUUCGGACCAUGCAAGUUCCUAUCUGCAUGACACCCCCGGAGGCACUGUCGCUGGGGCCAGAAAAUGCCAAGCAGCAGCCGAUGCAAAAACGGGCACAAAAGCAAAUACUUUUUGUAGCGCUCCCCCGAAAACACCUGGCCGGAAAUCUGUUCUUCCGGCCGUUUUUCCUGUUCGUCGAUCUGCUCCUGGAUGUCGUCCAUCAUCAGGUGCAAAUCUUUGGGCGCAUGAUAGCACAAACCCAAGGCCUUCAUCGCCUUCCAGAGGCGGGCCGCUUCUUUUUUCUUUUCGGAAGCGUUUAAGGCGGAAUAAUCGCCGGACAGCUUCGCCGCAUGGAUUACGUUGGCUCGCGACAUCGCGUUGCUGCUUUCGGUGAGGAGGGUCGGAGGACGUGUUAUUGGGCGAAAAAGCCCCCACAAAGCACCCAGCGCGAUGCUUACCACACGAGCAAAAACCUCGCGCGGGCUAAGCAUGGCCAAGGAGGUGUCUUUGUGGUGGUGUAUUUUGAUAAAGGUACGGGAAACAAAGACCAAAGUCAGAAGGUUCGCGUGCAGAAGGUGGCUAAGUCUAGUCUUAAGCAGUAAUAAGAAAAAAUAGCGCAGUCGUAGGAUGAAAUCUGUAAUGCUAGAAAAGCAAAGAGCAGGGCGCGAUAAAUCGCGCGAAGAAGUUAAUCCCUGGAUUUGAUUUUGGAAGCAGUGCAAAGAGGGCUCUACAUGGUAGAAAUGGACUAAGGUUGUCAGUCAAUGCAGGAUUUGUCAUGCGCAGCAAUUGUCUGAACGGCUCGAAUUUGGGAACCACGCUGCUCGCUGCUAAAGAAGAUCCCUGUUCUGAGUGAGAUCAUGCCAUCGCAGAAGGCCCUACCUGUCGAGCUUGUGUAGGCGCUAUCUAAGGACUACUGUGCUGAUCCUUGCCUGGCUUCUACGCGGAUAUGCUACAAAGCCGCCGCUCUGACGCAGUGUCUCACGCAAGCAGCCUGGUCUUAUGCUACGAGGCUACAACUACUGCGAAUUUAGGGCUUUUUGUUAUGAGGUGGGGCCAGGUACCGACUUGAAGGAGUACUGCGACGAUGUCCGGCGGGUUUCGAAGCAGAAACAUGAGUCCUGCCUCCUUAACUAGCUAAAGACAAUUAUUACCGAAGCAACCGUUAGCUACUUGCAUUCCAAGCACCACAGCAGAGGCAGCAUUAAGAAAACCGGACUUACCUGCUUUGAAAAAAAUCUUGAGCUUUCGCUAUUAAAAAAUAUCGCACUUUUUGAAAUACCUACACUAACACAGUUUUUUCUUUCAAUAUAGAAACUGACACUUUCAAUCUGCGCUUUCUUAAGUACUUGAUACUUCUUCUUCGGCCCUGCUGCAAUUGAAAGACCAAACUACUGCUGACUUUAGGUCAACGCCCUAGCGUCCAAGGUGGGUGAGGGGGGGGUGAGGGGAGGGGAGGGAGGGUGAGGGGAGGGUGAGGGGAGGGUGAGGGGGGCCCAGACUCGGCGGGCAGUGGAGGAAAGUGGAGGAAAGCAGGGGGCAGGAGGAAAUUGGAGGAAUAGUGGAGGAAUAGUGGAGAGAAAGGGAGCAGGGGCGGUGCCAGUGGAGGAAAGGUUGUUAGAAAGCAGGGGGCAGAGGCCGGGCAGAGGAAUGCGCCGGCCGCGGCAAUGCGGGACGGGCGAAAGAAAGUGCGCGCCCCCGGCGGGGCUAGAAAAAUAAAAGCGCGCGCAGGGGGCGGCAGCAGAGGAGGAAGCGGGACGCAUGUUUUGCGCGUCAGCCUUCCGCGGGGCCGCGCGGCCAUGUGUGUUUACUUGGCUCCGCCACCUUUUCGGGCGGCGGAUGGCGGUGGUCCCGCCCGCGCAUACAUCGCCGGGGCGCCUCCGCCCGGCCGCCCCGGGGGGGGGCGCGCGCGCCGCUUUCGGCCGCACCGCAAAAGGCGACCCCUUGUCUGGCCGGGGCGCCUUUGACCGUCCGUGGCGCGCCGGGCCGGGCCGCGGCGCGCGCCGGUGGCCGCACCGGGGCGGACCGCGGCGCCUUUGGCCGCGCCGGGAUGGACCGCGGCGCCUUUGGCCGCACCGGGAUCGAUGGACCGCGGCGCCUUUGGCCGCACCGCGGUGGGCUGCGGCGCCUUUAACCGCACCGCGGUGGACCGCGGCGCCCCCGACCGCCCCGGGAAAAAGCGCGACGCCUUCGACCGCCCCGCGAUUCCGCCCUUGUCUUGGCGGUCGAUCGCGGUCAAACGCGCCGCCGAAAUCGCGGCCGCGCCCCCCCAAAUCGAGGCCAAACGCGCCGCGCCCCCGCCUCGACCGGCCUUGGCCAAGAUUGCAAAACCGCGACUGCGGCGGGAUUAGCGCGACCGCGAGGCGCCCCUCUGGGGACCGCCCCCGCGUUUUGGGUGGGCGCCCGGCGUUUUUUUGCGGGCACGACCACGCUUCUGCCGGGGUACGACCGCGAUUUUGCCGGGGCGCGGCCGCGUUUGGGCGCCCCGCGUUUGACCGCCUCCUCCGCGUUUACCCGACCCGCGUUUGACCGCGACCGCCCCCGCUUCGUCUUUGUCUUAUAUAAUAUUAAUUAAGUACUUGAUGCUUCUUUAUCUUUGGCCCUGCAAUGUAAAGACCAAACUUCUGCUGACUCCAGGUCAACGCCCUGGCGUCCAAGGUAGGUGCGGUGAACAUUUUUUAUGAAUUGCAAAAGUAAUAUCGCACUACUACUAGUAGCAAAGGAUUGCAUUUUUCCAAAAUUGCUCAGUACGAGAAAUGGAAUUUGUCAUGCUGAUUUGCUUUGGGAACAAGAUUUGUAAUGCAAGACUUGCAUUUAUACUGUACCAGUGCGAUACUUUCGCAGAGGAUAUCUUCGGGAAGAUGUUGAUUCCUUGCGACAAGGACAUUGGGACUAUGGAGGCGUCAGGAUCGAAAUUCGCAAAAUCGAAAAAAAACCCAGGGGCCCCCUGGAGGGGUGCCGGGAUUUCGCAUUUCGAUUCUGACACACUCGGACCUUUUCCCGCUAGCCGCGACGGUAUGCUUGAGUGUGUCAGAAUCGAAACGGGUCCCGGAGGGGGUGCCCUGAAGGCCCCCGCCAAGUACAGCCAGAAUUUUUUUUCGAUUUUGUCGAUUUCGAUCCUGACGCUCCCAUAGGGACCUUCACUUUCAUAUGCAUUGCAAAUUUGUAAUGCAAGACCUCAAGGACAACAAGAUCUGUAAUGCAUAAACACGACGACGACAACUGGGAAGUUUUGUUUGUCAUGCCUGGUGGCAGUUUGUGAUGCGUUUUAAUACGAAUGAAUCAGCAAAAAGACUGCUCAGCAGACUUCUGCUGCUGUUCAUCUCUGACGCUGGCAGCAAAAGCGGCCACUCUGCAAUUAUGCGAGUAUUUUCUGAAAAUUAUUUCUCUUGCUGAUGAUACUCGCAUUGCAGGUAGGGUUUGAAAUUCAGACCCAGCAGGAGAGGACGACAUACUUAUUUGCAAUGCAUAUUUCAGCCUGAACGGGCAUGAUUUCACACUCGACGGCAACGAUGUGAAAAUUCCCAUGGUGAUGGGCCAGUGCCUGUUCGCAAUUCUGCCCAUCGACGUGCCGAGCGGCCCGCUGUGGAUUUUGGGCGACACGUUCAUGCGCAAGUACUACGUGAUAUCCGCAGGAAAUAAUUUCUCGGACACGUACAAUAUGUGCGGUUUCAUCUGAAUUUCAAAAUUUUCCUUGAAACCUCUAUCCGCAGCGUGACAAGAAGUUGCUUCUUCUAAGUUGGGAAAAUUUGUCAUGCACUUUGUACAUGUGCGAGAAGUAUUUGUAUUGCAUACGUGACAUUCGACUACGGGAAGAAGGCGGUGGGCUUGGCGACGGCGAAGUCCUCGAGUUCUACUUCUGCGACGGAUGAAGAUAUCCAGGAAAUAAAGGCACCCAUCCCCAUCCAAUUUGUCAUGCAAAACAUGCAUAAGAUCCAUUGUUUGUCAUGCAAAAAAUGGAUGCGGGUGGAUGAUGUUUUUUCAUCCUGGAUAGAAAAUUAUCGAAAGGUGGACUCGUCGUCGUCACCGAGGGAGCAGACCCACUCUGUCGGCGAGGCUGCUACUAGCCCUGGCACGGGCAGCACGGAAGUGUGGGUCUAAGAACUCUACUCUAAAACGCUCAAUUAGCGGCAAAGCCGGUAAUCCCUGUGAAUUCCAAAAGCCCAUGACUCUCGUACUCGUGCAUCAAGGCCCGCCGCCCGUGUUUCAAAAUCUUGGAGCAGAACUACUUUGCAAAUUUGGCAAACGUGCCUUGCUUCGCUUUGUCCAAAUGCAGCAAACCUGUUACGCUGCUCGUCGCCGCGGGCCUGGCUUACCUAACUUGCCUGCCCCAGGUGACAAGUCUGAAACGCAGCCAUUUCAGCGCACAGGCUUCGUAGAGCAGGCGGACGCGCCCGGGCGUCCGCUGGUGCGCCCCUCGGCGCCGACGUUUUGUCACAGAGUGAGGCCCCAGACACUUCGUUAACCAGACCUCGGGAUACCCAGAGGUUCUGUUUAUCGCGAGCUGUUUUUGGAUUUUUGGGUCUGCAGCCAAAAAUCCAAAAACAGCUCGCGAUAAACACGACCUCUGGGUGCCCAUAGGUCUGGUUAACGGAGUGGCACAGGGUCCAUUCCUGGACACAACGUCGGCCUGGGUGACGGGGAUACUGAAUCUACUUAACACGACCUUUGGCCAUGCAAAGGUCAUGUUAAGCGGUUUUUUUUCCCGGCAGGCUCAGGGAGUCCGCGACUCAGGGAGUACUCAUUUGCCCUUGCGCUCCUGUGUCCCUAUUCACGGGUCAGCACAACUUCGAGGCUGUAUGUUUGCAAUGUUAACGUUCGCCGAAUCCCGAUUCAGGAUUCUACUAGCCCUGGCACGGGCAGCACGGAAGUGUGGGUCUAAGAACUCUAAAUACGGAUGCACCUCGGUGCAUCAUUUUCGAGUAAGUGACGGAAAGGACGAGAGUUCUAUGGAAAGGGCUAGCAGAUCCCUGGUAAGCUAAUGCAAGGCGGCACGACUGGACCCGCAUUCAAGGCGGGGGUCGUGCCAUGGUUUUUCUUUCGAUUGGCUGGACCCAGUCUAGGUUGACUUUUGUAUCUUCCAUCAGGAGAAGGCUUUGUAUCUUCCAUCAGGAGAAGGUUUGCGCAGGCCUCGUUCUGUCUUUUAUGGGGAGCCGGCUUCUAUCAGUAGGGCUAGGAUGUUAUCGAGGCCCCUACCGGUGCCCGCGAAGUCUUUUCGUGGCAGUGGUCGUUUGCUUUGGGCAGACAGUGGCGCUGUCUCCAGUUUUGGUAUCUCAGGGUGUAUGCACGGCGUACAGGUUUUUCCCUGUUCCUGGGGGCCUAAGCAUGCUGUGGUGACAUAGGCCGGCUAGCUUUCCCUUUUCUUGUGGCUUAGGCUUUUGUGAUCUGUCGCGGUUGCCUUCGUUUAAAGGCAGUCCAGUUGCGCCCUAGUUUCCUUCCGGCUACUUUCUUGCUAGCCAUGGCAGUGGGCUACGUCGCGUUGGCCCUGGUUGGUUUUUGUUGCUCCCCGGUAUUGUGGUUAGCAGGACGCGCGUAGCGCAGUCUUCCUCCUCAGCUCCUGGUGGCGAAAUGGGGUUGAAAUUUGUUGGGAGAAAUUGCCGCUGUAGGGGACAUCCUCCCGGUCCAAUAGGUAUGGCUAGAAGGGUGUAGGACUUUCGUUUGGGGGUUUCUCUUGUGUGGUUCGGCAGGACGCGAGCUGUCUCGGGUGCAUCCUGGGGCACGGGUUCUGCUGGAGGACCCUUACCUACGGGUAUGAUAGGCUGGUAGUAGGCUGGCUCCGGGUCCUGGUGGAGACCCUCCUCGAUUUAUCCGGCGGGAUUACAUGCAAAUAAAUUGACGUAGUCAGGUUUUUAGGCAGGUUCGUACGGUUACAGACGCCCAGGCUCAUACGUUUACAGUUCGCCGGCGGGGUGCACUUUGCUUGUCUUCGGGGCUACUAGUGUUGGGGAUGUAGAUUUUCGGGUAGACCCACUCUGUCGGCGAGGCUGCUGCUGGCUCUGGCACGGGCAGCACGGAAGUGUGGGUCUAAGAACUCUAAUAACUCACAUUGCGUCCUUUGCAAUACAGUUUUUUUUUGCCUCGCAUUUCAUCAUCACAAAUUAUUUCCACUUUGAGGAUUUCCAUUCUGAGGCCUUCAUACGCCGCGUAGGGAACAUGGGUGAAAUGUUCGCUGGCGCGAGGGCCUUCAGUCAGCCACUUGCCGAAUGUAUCAAAUGCAAAAAUGUCUGGGUCUGGAAGAGCCAAACUUGUGAUGCUGCAUUUGGAUGCUAAAAGAACCUGUAUUGCAUGACCCGCAAGAGAAUUCCAAUUUGGCUACGCGGAGAGGGCAUUUGUCAUGCUGGAUGCGCAUAGAUAGGCGCUCAAAAAAUCUGUGAUGCAGCUAUGGCUUACAUCACAGACAUCAUGGAUCAUUGAAAAUGUGCAUGACAAACUUCUCCUCUUCCAGACCCAGACAGUUUUAAAUUUGAUAGAAUGGGGGAAAAAAAUCGGACAGCGGGUGCAGGGCGACGAGCCUCUGAAUUUCAGUGGGAUGUUCCAAGGUGCGUCGUCCUUCCGCCAAAGUUUGGUCACUUGGGAAGCGCGGAUGCUAGAACAGGAUGCAAAAAUAAGGCAAGGCGCUUUCGGCGACUUGCACCAUGUCGUCGCCGGCAUAUUCGUGGACAUGCUGGAAGGCGCUCUGAAUUCUAGCCCUGGCACGGGCAGCACGGAAGUGUGGGUCUAAGAGGCUCAGCUGCACAAAUCAAAGAAAUUUUAAAAACCUCGACUAGCUACGAAAACCGACCUCAAAAACUAUCUACUGUUGUAUUUAGCGCGAUGUUGACUAGCUUCUAGCCAGUUGAAAUUUAAGUGGGCUGCCUCCUCGCGGAUGCGCGGAGGACUUGGCACAAGAGGAAACGAGCAUUGUCAACCCCAGCCCCAACCGUCUUUCCCGCGAACUGAUGGCCCGGGACAUGGGCGCGAGCACCGGCUCGCGAAGCCCUGCGUGGUCGUAUACGUCGCUAAAGUUUUUCUCUUCUAAAACCAGCAGUCCACUGCCCUGCCCUAGAAGAAGAGGAGAAAAAGAGUAGCUUUCCGCGCGCGUUUUGUAGCUCCCCGGCNAGACACACCAAAGGAAAGACUCGCGGGAGAAUUAAUAUUCCGCAUGGAAAUCCAGUGCAGUUUUCUUCUCCUGUUCUCAGAAAGUCGUAGCUGUAUUACAUAAGAGGAGGUCGUGCUGUGCUGUUCUCAUUGAUAAAAAGUUCUUGCGCUAUUAGUGUUGGGCGAAGCAGAUGAUCGAAAGUAGAGAGAUCAUGUAGUUGAGAGAUGGAGACAAAAUUGUCCAUCAACGAGAGGAAAAUUUUUCAAAAGAACCUCGGGCGCAAAGUAGAGACAAUAACCUGCAAUGUCGUGUGCAAAAGUGUUACGUUGCAAUAAUUAUCGUGUUACGUCACAAUACUUUGACUGUCGUGAGGGGAGGCGGAGUUGCAGCUCCAAUGCAACUUUGAACAAGCAGGACCGACCCUCCUUCUCGAGUGUGUGAGCGACUUCAAAUGUGCUGAAAAUCGCGAAGGUUAAGUUGUGUCCUGCAUGUUGCGGAUGUGGUUUCAUCGUCUUGUACAACAGCCCGGCUUGGUUUCGUUUUGAUGUACCCACGAGCGACAAAAGCUGGCUUGUUGCUAGGCUUAGAUGUAAUGCGAGCAGCCGCCUCCUGGGAACGGAAGAAGCAACAGAAUCACGACCACGCACGCUUAAACUUAUUUACCAGUAUCCCUACUGCAUUCGCAUUGAGAUUGAACACGAACAAGAGCUGACAGGAAGAGAAAAAGUAGAUCGGGGAAAUGUUGAAAAAGACGGGGACGAACGAUUCAUAUUUUGGUUUGAUGUGCGGAUAGAAACGGGAUAUGAACAAGUGUAAAAAAAGGAUAGAUACAUACAGAACGGAGCUAGGUAGAAUGCUGCUCAAAUCGUAGAGUCGACAACUCCACAACCACAAUCGUGGUGCUUUAGACUGUCUCGCACGGCGACAGAUUUGCGCUCUAGUCGCAGUGACGCCCGUCCCGGGAGGAUCGUUGGCGCCGAGCUUUUUGCUCCACAGACAGAUGUCUCUACUCCUGAAGCCGCAACAGAAGUCGCGCAGCUGCCAGAGAAGUAGUGUGGUCACGACCACCGCAGCACUUACUCCUAAUGCAACCAAAUUGAUGAAGUUUUGUAGUUAGAGCCAGGAGUUUGAGGCUCGGCCCGGUAGUUUCUUAUUUCUGCAUGGUCGUUGGACAUGAUCCAGCCCCGGUGAAGAUGAAGAAUGAAAAAUGAGAUCUUUUUCUGGGUCCGUGUUGUUGUGCAACUAGACAAAAAGAAGAAACAGCGUGACAAGUUAAGAAGUGGAGUGAUGCGGCAAAGUUGUGCGGAACGGCAACGCGCGUGACAGAUUCGCUAUCUCUUUCAGCUGUUAGUGCUUUUCGGACUUCGAAAGUUGAGGCCUUAUUUAGUUGAAAAGUGAACGGCUGCACGUGGGCGACGACAAGGAGAUGAAUUUUGUGCGUGCCAUUUACCCUUUGCACAUGCCAGAAGACACACCAAAGGAAAGACUCGCGGGAGAAUUAAUAUUCCGCAUGGAAAUCCAGUGCAGUUUUCUUCUCCUGUUCUCAGAAAGUCGUAGCUGUAUUACAUAAGAGGAGGUCGUGCUGUGCUGUUCUCAUUGAUAAAAAGUUCUUGCGCUAUUAGUGUUGGGCGAAGCAGAUGAUCGAAAGUAGAGAGAUCAUGUAGUUGAGAGAUGGAGACAAAAUUGUCCAUCAACGAGAGGAAAAUUUUUCAAAAGAACCUCGGGCGCAAAGUAGAGACAAUAACCUGCAAUGUCGUGUGCAAAAGUGUUACGUUGCAAUAAUUAUCGUGUUACGUCACAAUACUUUGACUGUCGUGAGGGGAGGCGGAGUUGCAGCUCCAAUGCAACUUUGAACAAGCAGGACCGACCCUCCUUCUCGAGUGUGUGAGCGACUUCAAAUGUGCUGAAAAUCGCGAAGGUUAAGUUGUGUCCUGCAUGUUGCGGAUGUGGUUUCAUCGUCUUGUACAACAGCCCGGCUUGGUUUCGUUUUGAUGUACCCACGAGCGACAAAAGCUGGCUUGUUGCUAGGCUUAGAUGUAAUGCGAGCAGCCGCCUCCUGGGAACGGAAGAAGCAACAGAAUCACGACCACGCACGCUUAAACUUAUUUACCAGUAUCCCUACUGCAUUCGCAUUGAGAUUGAACACGAACAAGAGCUGACAGGAAGAGAAAAAGUAGAUCGGGGAAAUGUUGAAAAAGACGGGGACGAACGAUUCAUAUUUUGGUUUGAUGUGCGGAUAGAAACGGGAUAUGAACAAGUGUAAAAAAAGGAUAGAUACAUACAGAACGGAGCUAGGUAGAAUGCUGCUCAAAUCGUAGAGUCGACAACUCCACAACCACAAUCGUGGUGCUUUAGACUGUCUCGCACGGCGACAGAUUUGCGCUC